UUUUGUGAGACUUCGCCUAACUUCCGGCCGACCCUUCCCUUCUUGGACCGACUUCAACGCUGCUGGUUUUAAGGAGGAGACGCUACAGGUGGACCAUCACAGUCUGAGGGCAACAUGCUGUUUCCGUGACGGCGAGGCUGCUACAGUUUGGACUGCUCCUGUGACGUGCCACGGUUGCCGUCCUCUGAUUGGUCAGCUAUCGCCUGCCUGUCAGCAUGCAGCUGAGCUGUGCCGAGCUGCCGGCUCAGCUGAGUCGGAGCUCCAGACUCAGGAAGCUGACGGCCGCGCUGCUCGCCGCCUACGCCGUCAAAAAGCUGUCGCCGUACGUCUGGAGGAGGAUGCAGAGGAGUGCAGCAGGUAAACAGCUGGGUGGAGAUAAUCUUCCUGUGGGCGUGGUCAGCCCCUCCUCCAGCUCUGUGGACACCGGAGGGAAGAAGAAGAGAGGCAGCAGGUCUCCAUCAGUGAACAAGGAGUUCAUCCUCAGACUGUCUCGUCUGUUGAAGCUCUUGUUUCCACGGUUACUGUGUCCAGAGAUAGGCCUGCUCGCUCUGCACUCUGUCACCCUGAUCUGCAGGACCUUCCUGUCCAUCUACGUCGCCGCUUUGGACGGUGUGAUAGUGAAGUGUAUCGUCCAGAAGGAUCCUCAGGCCUUCAUGCUGCAGCUCUCUAAAUGGCUUCUCGUCGCCGUCCCUGCAACCUUCAUCAACAGCACCAUCCGAUUCCUGGAAGGUCGGCUCGCCCUCAGCUUCAGGAGCCGAUUGGUGGACCACGCCUACCAGCUGUACUUCACCAACCAGACGUACUACCGCGUCAGUAACAUGGACGGCCGUCUGUCCAAUCCGGAUCAGUCUCUCACCGAGGACAUCGUCAUGUUUUCGGCCUCAGUCGCUCAUCUCUACUCCAACCUGACCAAACCCAUCCUGGACGUGGUGGUGACCUGCUACACGCUGCUGCGCACCGCCGAGUCCAAAGGAGCGAACACCACGUGGCCGCCGGUCAUCGCUGGCCUGGUGGUGGCGCUCACCGCCAAAGUCCUGCGCUCCUGCUCGCCUCGAUUUGGGAAGCUGGUGGCGGAGGAGGCGAAGAGGAAAGGAGACCUGAGAUACAUGCACUCCCGCAUCAUCGCCAACUCCGAGGAGAUCGCCUUCUACGGUGGACACAAGGUGGAGAUGGCCCAGCUGCAGAGCAGCUACAUGUCUCUGUCCUCUCAGAUCCACCAGAUCCUGCUGAAGCGUCUCUGGUACGUCAUGCUGGAACAGUUCCUCAUGAAGUACGUAUGGAGCGCCUCUGGCCUGGUGAUGGUCGCUGUGCCUAUCAUCACCGCCACAGGAUACUCCAAACACGACUCUGAGGAGGUGAAGCAGGUGGCUCUGGAUAUGAAGGAGGAGGAGCUGGUGAGCGAGCGAUCGCAGGCCUUCACCACGGCCAGAAACCUCCUCAACUCUGCAGCCGACGCCGUGGAGAGGAUCAUGAGCUCAUACAAGGAGGUGACGGAGCUGGCAGGUUACACAUCUCGGGUCUCUGAGAUGUUUGAUGUGUUUGAGGAUGUGAAUGCGGGCGUGUACCAUCGCUCUGCAGACAGAGAGGAGGCGUCAGCAGCAGCAGCAGGAGGAGCUGUGGUCCAGCACGGCCAGAGAGUCUGUGGUCGUCUGGAGAUGAGAGGUCAGGUGAUCAGUGUGGAGAAGGGGAUUCGCUGUGAGAACCUGCCAAUCAUCACACCGACCGGAGACGUGGUGGUUUCUAGCCUCAACAUCCAGGUGGAUGAGAAGAUGAAUGUGUUGAUCACAGGUCCUAACGGUUGUGGGAAGAGCUCUCUGUUCAGGAUCCUCAGUGGACUGUGGCCUGUUUAUGGAGGAGUACUGUCCCGUCCAGAACCUCAGUACAUGUUCUACAUCCCACAGAGACCCUACAUGUCCGAGGGGACCCUCAGAGACCAGGUGAUCUACCCGGACUCGGUGGAGGACAUGGUUCAGAGAGGAGUCACCGAUUCAGAUCUGGAGGAGAUCCUUCGGACCGCCCACCUGCUCUACAUCCUGGACAGAGAGGGAGGUUGGGAGGCGGUCAGCGACUGGAAAGACGUUCUAUCUGGAGGAGAGAAACAGAGGAUGGGGAUGGCUCGCAUGUUCUACCACCGCCCUCGGUACGCUCUGUUGGAUGAGUGUACAAGUGCCGUCAGCAUCGACGUGGAGGGAAGUAUCUUCCAGGCUGCAAAGGAUGCUGGGAUAGCCCUGCUGUCAAUUACACACAGACCCUCCCUAUGGAAGUACCACUCUCACCUGCUUCAGUUUGACGGGGAAGGAGGAUGGAGGUUCGAACCUCUGGAUGCCUCCACUCGUCUUUCUCAGCAGGAGGAGAAACAACGUCUGGAGAAUCAGCUGUCCGGGAUUCCCAAGAUGCAACAGAGGCUGGCAGAGCUGCGCAUCCUGCUGGGGGAGGGAGGGGGGGAGGGAGGGGGGGAGGAAGAGGAGAGAACCGCAGAUGAAGAGGAGGCUCUCUCCUGAGUUUUAACUCUGAGUCGAUGGAAGAAGAAAAUCUGCUGUUAUACUAGUUACCA